UGGUGAAAGUUAAUCCACCCACCGCCCAUUAGUUCUAUAGCAGUACUCGAGCUACACGUCUCGGGUCUCGGAUAGAUUCACAUUAAAUUAAACAUGGCUAGUCUCAGAAGCGCGUCAAUAUGGCUGAAAGUAGCCCUUGCUACUUUAAUUAUAGCAGUUAUUUUGUUUAUCGUUGCAUUUGCUACUUCAGCAUGGAUGACACACACAUAUAGACAAAAUUAUCAAUCUAUUGGUCUGUGGAAAUAUAGGAAAUGUGGAGGAUCUACAUGUAACGAAGGUAGAAUUGGUUACCGUUGGGGUACCGAUUUCCACCAUGCUACCCAGGCCAUGGAAACCCUGGGCCUUAUUGCUUUGUUAUUAUCUCUACUUAUUCUCCUAUUAUACAUGUUUGUUGAUUCGUGUAGAAGAAGAAAUGCUCUUAUUGUCACUAUAGUAUUCAUCUUUGUAUCUGUUUUCUUCAUAGUGGUUGGAAUUGCUGUCUGUGCUGACAAAUACGAGGAACGUGGAUUUAGUAUUGGAUGGUCCAUGGGUUUGGCUAUAGCAGCUGCUAUUUUUGAUUUCGUAGCAGGAGUAAUGUGCGUUCUACAGCUAGUUGCUCGUGUGUGAAAUGGCAUAUUAACAGUGUCUAUAUAACAGGCGUCCAGUCAUUUCUAGCAUUUAACUUUUAUUUAUUUGUUUUUCAACAUCAUUGAUAUUAUUCUUUACCUCAACAAUCUCCUGAUAAAUGUGGUUGUCAUGAAGCCUAGGUGAUAUACAUGGGGACACUCCUUAAAAUUCAAAUCAACUCGAUCUCAUGCAAAUGACGUCUCUGGAGUAUAAUUUUAUUUGAUUUCGAAAAGAAAAUCUCUUCUGUUUCGAAAUGUAAUUAACUUAAACUCCGGUGCAUUGAUGCAUUUGUAUAUUUCGGUUUAUCAUUGAGGAUAUAUUUUCUUGAGGAAGAAGUCAACGGAACUGUAACAAGACUGCAGGAAUUCAUAUGAAUUCCGAGGCACACUUAGUGAUCUGUAAUAUUUUCAGAACAUGAAACCGCGAAGGCGUUAAUCUAAAUAUAUUAUUACUUACAUUUAACCCUGAAAAUACUUUGUAUUCUUUUUGAUACACCUAUGAGGAUUUUGAAUUAUGAUAUUAUUAUAAAGGGAACCACACAUUCAUUGUGUUCUAUCUAGUCUUAUGUAUGCAAGAAUGUUUAUAAGCACUAAUACGAUGUAGUUUUAUAAAUGGACUCUUGAUAUUUUUCAUACUUUUAUAAUACAUACAUAAAGUUUUAUUUGUUUUUGUUUUGUGUUGCUGUUUCUCUUUCUAUUUUGGAGGCGGUGUUUUUAAUGUAUAUUUUAUAACACAUUAAUUAUAUCUUGAUUAAAGAUAAACAAACUAAA